GAAUCAGGUAACCCUGUGAUAUUAAAAUGCCACAGACGGAUUUAUGGUUCUCAUCAUCGGGGCUCGUAAAGUGGUAUUAUGGGCUGAGCGGAGGAGGAGGAGCGGGUGGGGCCUGGCUGGGAACACAGAGGCUGAGACUGUGGUCACUGACCGGAGACUCCACGGGCUUUUAUUCCACUAAAACCAGACCGCAUGUCUGACCCAGGGGUCCGCCUGCUGCCGGGAGCAAACUGCGCACAUCUCCCCAGAUAUCUGACAGAUGGAUGCGCUCCUGUCUUAGGGGAGGAGGAUGAAAACAUCGCCUGAUAGAAAAUUUCCUCCUUUUCUGUGGCAUUUUCGCUCUUAGCCUAUUUAUGGGAGGCUUGGCCCUUUCUUUAUAACGGGAACGAGAUCUCCGCGGUUAGCUAUGUGAAGAGCAGAUCGCCCGUAAUUCUCGCUUCGUGAUCCUGACUAAUAAUUAUGAACAACGCGCAAGAUAUGUCGCCCGAUUUCGUGUUGAUGCGCCUGGUUUCCGCGGCCGAGGAUGACCGCUUGGACGCAGAAAACGGGAACCUGCCGCCGGGAUCGGUGGUGCCGGGGCUGGGGAAGGAGGUCCUGGCUCACAGCGGCGUCAAAGCGGGCUUGGAUAUCGGUCGAGACCCGGGCCUGGAGCAUCCCAGCGGCCACCUGAACAAAGCCCAGCCGAGCGGCGAGCAGGGCUCGGCUGCACCUGACUCCUCCGCGGGGACGGAGAGCCGAGCGCCGCUGUGCGCGCCUCCGCCGCAGCAGAGCUCCAUGGAGGCCCAGGGCUUCGACUUCGCUACCAGCCCCGGCCUACGGCCUCAGCUGCUGGUUUUCUCCAACAUAAUGCGGAACGGAGAGGGGAUUCUAGAGCUGGACCGUCUGAACCAGCCCAGGGAUGCUCUGGACCAGAGCCCGGGCUCCGGCUUCUCCGGCCCAGCUGCGAAUAACAACACUCUGAGUCCCAGGGACGUUCAGCAGCAGCAGCAAAACCUGCUGGACCGGACAUGGGGGGCGCAUCCGCCAGUCUCCGUGUCUGCGGAGAUGCAGGGAGCUGCGGAGCUGUGCCGCGGGCAUCCUCUCAUCGCCACCCCGCCCGAAUGGCCGGCGUUGUCGGAGAGAUCCACUGCCCUCACCGUUAUCGACUCUAAAUGGGGCUGUGCCACCAGGGACCGCGAGGGCGCCGUGUUUGAGCUGGCCCGGCGGUUCGGGAAGCUGGGUGUCGGUGCGGUGCCCAAGAUGCUCUUGAAAGCAGGGGAGCUCCCGCAGUGCUCGUGUCAGGGUGCGCACGGCCCGGUCGGAGUGGGAGUGGAGCCCGGCGAUGACCCGACGGAGACUAGCGACGCUUUGUUGGUGCUGGAGGGUCUGGGGAGCGGGGACGUCGACGGCCUGGGCAUGGACGAGUGCGCGGAGGACGAGGCAGACGACGAGAGCGGGCGCCGCGAGUUUUUACUCAACAGGAAGAAGGAAAUAGUGCAAAAAAUGUCGGGGUCUUUCUCCAUCAGCAGCUUCCAGCUGGAGCUGAGGAGGCCGGUGGAGGAGGUGGCUCCGGCGGCGACCGAAGCGGCGGCGGCGGCGGCGGUGGCGCACCUCGGCGCGCAGGUGUGCAGCCUCCACGGGAACUUGUCCAGCCGGCUCUCGCAGGUAAGCUCUGGGAACCCGGAGGUCGCCACGCACUUUUCAGUCAAGUCACCGUCUCCCACGCCGGUCCAGAACUCACCGUGGGCGACGAGCCCGAACCCGAGCCAGGCGUCGACCCCCAGGAAGCGGCCGGAGCGGUGCACCAGCGCGCCCCGGACUCCCGCGGGCCGGGCCGCCGGUGGGGAGAAGCCGCUAAAAGUUCCAGGGAAGUCCAAAAAGGGCUCUUUAAAAAUCCGACUGAGUAAACUAUUCCGGACUAAAAGCUGCAGCGGCUCCAGUCACCUCCUGGACAAGAGGCCCUCCGUGACCUACUCAGUGUCUUCUGCAGGGAGUCUGGUGGACAUGGCGAGCACAGCUGGUGCUGAGCAGGACGCAGACAGCCACAGCCAGCCCAGACUGACCAGGGCCCACAGUGCCUUCUCCCCUGCCUCCCUUUCUGCCUCCCUCUCUGCUUUCACCGGUGAGACUGUUUCUCUGGUGGAUGUGGAUAUUUCGCAGCGAGGGGCGAGCACGCCUCACCCCCCCACACCUCCUCCUCCUCCACGCCGAAGUCUUAGUCUGUUAGAUGACAUAGCCGGGCCUCAGCCUGGGCCCUUUCUAGUCAGCGUCAUGGGCGCCUCCCUGCAGUCCCUCCCCCUGCCUCUCCCUCCUCCUCCUCCUCCCUCCCACGCCACCAUCCAGCACAGUCUCAGCCUGAAUGACACCUUCCUCCGGGCUCUUCCUCACUCCAACCCGUCGCCGGCUGAUGCUCCGCCCACCUCCAGACAGGCUCCUCCCCCGAUGCUGUGCGCCCUGCGCAGGUCCGAGGCCAGCAACUUCACCGCCAGCCUGAGGGAGCUGGAGAAGUGCGGCUGGUACUGGGGUCCCAUGAACUGGGAGGACGCAGAGAUGAAGCUGAAGGGCAAACCGGACGGAUCCUUCCUGGUCCGGGACAGUUCAGACCCUCGAUACAUCCUGAGCCUCAGCUUCAGGUCGCAGGGCGUCACGCACCACACGCGCAUGGAGCACUACAGGGGGACGUUCAGUUUGUGGUGUCACCCGAAGUUCGAGGACCGCUGCCACUCUGUGGUGGAGUUCAUCGAACGAGCCAUCAUGCACUCCAAGAACGGAAAAUUCCUCUACUUCCUGCGCUCCAGGGUCCCAGGGCUUCCUCCGACUCCAGUCCAGCUGCUGUAUCCCGUGUCUCGCUUCAGCAACGUGAAAUCACUACAACACCUCUGUCGCUUCUGCAUCCGACAAAUAGUUCGCAUCGACCACAUCCAGGAGCUUCCACUGCCCAGGCCGCUGAUCUCCUACCUGAGUAAAUUUUAUUACUACGACCCCGAGGAGGAGAUGUACCUGUCAAUCAAGAGCAUCCGGAGGGUGGUGGGAGCUGUGCAGGAGGCCGAGUCGCAGACGUAGCAGCAGAGGUCUCAUCGGCUCAAGUUUCUUACGGAGGACUUGUCUGUAGCGGCCUGCCAGUCCUGCAGCAUCAGCCGAUCAGAGUCCCUGGACGCCUGCGUGUCCAGCUGGACUGAGAUGGACCUUCCCCUGUGUUAAUGUGGACUAAUGAGAGGAGGGAUGACUGUUUGCAGCUGGAUGGACGGCGGGACAGAUGUGCAGAUACGGAGGAGGAGGAGGAAGAAGGACUGGGUCGCGUCUGAGGAGGGACUGCAGGGAAGGUCUCGCCUGAAAAGCUGCUGGCAGGAAAAACAAAAAGAGAGAAAGAGGCCGUGCGUGGAUUAUGAACUCAAUUCUCCGGUUUCCUGCUGAGCUGGACUUCUGAAACACAAUGCACUGGUCGAUUUGUACAACUGCUCUUUGCUGCCAUUUCUUUGUUUUUUUUCCCUUCCAUUCUGUCAAAAUGAGGAGUUUUUGGGUUGAAAGUUGCCCCUCGGGGUAGAUAGAUGUACGCACAGAGGCAGGGCAACAGAGGCACAACCAUCAAACUAUUUAUUGAGUCCAGCAGCAAAAACGAAAAUGAAAACACUUGAGUUCAGCUUUUACUGAGGAAACGGUUUCAGUUCUUUGUUUUUGGAGUUGAUCCUCUGACACUUUAUUUCCACCGAUUAAACAGAGACAUAUACAGCAACAACCAGAUCCCUUUUUGCUUUUUGCAUCCACUGGUUUACCAAAAAACAUUUCUAGCUGCAUCACUUGAUUAAAUCUAUGGAGCGGAAUGACACUCGCAGAUCGUCAGCUGUUUCUUAAAUAAUUUAGGUGUUUCCCUCACAACUACACCACAGCUGCUGCUCAGUUUUUGGAGAAAACAAAUCAACAAUAAGAAAAACAAAGAUGUUCACAUAGAUCAGUCAUAACAUUAUGACCACCUUCCUGAUAUUGUGCCUCCAAAAGUGGCACAAGGGC